UUUCAAUAUUGCAGGGAUCCACAUAUUACAACAAACAAUAUUUCCUUCCCUGGAGUCAGUGCCAUUGCGAGUCCUCCGAAUGAGUAUUCCUCGGCCAUCAUGCCUUCUGCUCCUUCUAUAGACCGCAGUGAUAAACCCAUUGUGGUCAGUCACCACUCUCACGAUUCAUCUUCGCCAAUCAGUACCAGAAUUGUCAUCAUCGCCGGCGAUCUGGUCCAGAAGUUUUUGGUUUGUGCUCAGAGUAAUACAGACAAAAAUGUGGAAACAUGUGGUACUCUAUGUGGAAGUAUUGUGGCCAAUGCCUUCCUUGUUACCCACGUAAUUCUUCCAAAGCAGUCAGGAGCCUCCGAUGGUUGCUUUGCUGAAGGAGAGGAAGAGGUUUUUGCAUAUCAGGACAAACAUGAUUUGAUAACACUGGGGUGGAUUCACACUCAUCCGACUCAGACGGCGUUUCUUUCCUCCGUUGACCUUCAUACUCAUUGUGCUUAUCAAAUGAUGUUAAAUGAAGCGGUUGCAAUCGUGUGCGCUCCCUCUCAUAGACAGUAA